CUCAAGUUGAACGGGCUGUCUACUUUGGACAGUUUUCUCUGAUGUUUUGUGGCGUAAAAAACUGGACAACUUGAUUUUGUGAGCCUUUAGUUCAAUCUCAGUGCGUUUUCGAGUAUGGCAAAAGUGCAGCACAAUGAUUCAGAUGUGCCAGAGUCAACGAACAUUCCAACUAGCCUGUAUGCAAUAAUUCACAAAUCUUGCGACUCUCGUGAUAUCGCGUCCGAACAAUUGGUAUUUGAUGAGGAACAGCUUUACAGGUUGUGCAAAGAUCAAACAAAAACAUCCGUGCAGACUUGUUCAAAAACUAACAGAAAGAGAAUUCUCUUCGCAGAGCUGAUGAAUGAGUACGACAUUGUUGGAUUGUGCGGUCAAUGCUCACUUAUCGCUGAGUAUUUACUGCAAAGAAACAAAAUUUCCCAAAACCUCUUUGAAUCUUUACAAAAUGAUGCUAACAAGCUACCAUUUGGUUUGUACUUUUGUACUUCAAAAAGUGAAUAUCCUGCUUUAUGCAUUCUUUGGAAUCCAAAUGACACCACUGAGUUUGAGUCAAAAGCAUUAGUUUUGCUUAGAAUAUUGUGUCAACAAACUUCUGCGAUUUGGGUAUUUGACAAUACUAAUAUUGAAACCCUGAAGGCUGUUGCAACUACAAAGACUGAAGUGAAACGUUCAAAAACUGUGAUGAAACAAGAUGUCUUUAACAAAUUGGUUGGUAGUAACACUUCGUUUGAGCUCAAAGGUGAGCCUAGAACCGACAAUACUGGCUACCAAGUCACCUCUAGCAGUACCAAAUGCUGUUUACUUUCGGAGACGGUUGGUGUAAAAGUCGAAAACAAGAAGACUGAAAAACCAGAAACGUCAGACUGCUUUCAAAACAGUGGCCAUUUUACCAAAAUAGCUACGCAGAUGGAAAAGUUUUUAGUAGAAUUUAAUGACGUUUGUGUUUCAACGCUAUUUGCCAAAAAUUUGAUUCAAGAGAGGCUAAACAUAAGCUCCAAGUUGCAGCAGAAAUUAGAAGCAGCUGAAGAAUUUCUGCUUUGGCAAUGUCCAACGGCAGAAUUUAUGUUUAGAAAGCAAGCAGCUCUUUCUCUCUUAACUGCUGGGACAAGCACAACCUUGACGGAAAACUCGCCCGACCAGGACGAUUCCCAGUCGUUCUUUUGUAGAAUUUGUGAUAGUAUGGGCGAUACAUCGAAAUGUAGCAAAUGCAGUGAAACGGGUGUUUCAACUAACAAAAAUUUCAGAGAAGAAUGGAAUCGCUUGUUUAAACAGAAACAGGAAGCCAAAGACUUAAAACAUGCUGAUGCCCUUAUGAAAUCUUUGAGCGAAUGCAUUUCAUUUCUGACAGUUGUAGAAGCUACUAUGCACAAAGCUGCUGAAAAACAAAAAAGGGGGAAGAUGAACUCUAAAGAAUUUGAAAAAGAUUUUUUUAAAUUGUUUGAAGAACUCACACGAACAAGCGAUAAACCACAACCCUGUCAGAACUCGUCCAGCAAACGUUGGACAUUUAACCCGUCUGUCCUUUGGAAUAAAGCAUGGUACAAAAAUGGACAUGGUACGGAAGAACGUAUUGAAAGCAGCCAAAUCAAAUCAAAUGCUCUAGAGACAUACACUACACCUAGAUCUCAUUUUCUGUGCAGCUUCGCUUUUUGGAGAGACUUUGAGAUAGAUAGACUGAUAUUGACGAGUUUCGAUAGUAACCCAGGAUGUGCAACAUUUUCUUUGUCUGGUCACGUUGUCGUUAGUUCACAACCUUUACUUAAGUUACGUGACAGCACUUCUGCUUACCAGCUAAAUCGUCAUGUUUAUGCGAAUGAAGUUCUUUUUUGUUUCGUCGAUUCUCGUGGUUAUGUUUGCGUCAUAUCCCAGAAUCCAAUUAGUUUGAAUAAGGCUAUUUUGAUCUUUUCAAUUUUGAAACCAACGCCGCGCACUCCUUCUAUACAUCAUCUUGAAAGUAGCUUGCCAUGCAUUCAACACGCUGCGUAUAUCUCUGAUGUGCUACAUCUCAUAGCCAUGGUCUCUCCUUCAAUAGAAAACACUGAUAAACCUAGUUUGGUUUCAAUACAAGUAUUGUCCAACGAAAAGGGCAGUGGUGACUUUUUUCAAUUUUCGGCAGCUCGAAGGUCAGCUUCUAAAGAAAUGGUGAAGAUAAGGAGUGUACAGUUUAUUCCACGUUUGAGAUUUUUAAGCAUUUUAUAUGAAGACUCGUUGGUUCAUAUCUGGAAAGUUGAUUCUCUAGAGCUGCGCUUCAGAGUUACUUUUCUACAGACUUUCGAUUGCUUAUCUUAUUCUCCAGAUGGCUGCCAUUUUCUGCUGGCCAAAGCUACAGAUAGGGAACAACUUAACAUUUCAGUGUACCGGAUGUGUACACUUCCAGGAGAUAGACAAGUAGAUGAGACAUGUCGUCUGUCAUCGAUAAAUGUGCGCACAAGUUUGGAUUCUCUAGCAAAUUGUUAUUUUCUUGCUACAGCCGUUGCCAAAAGUGAAAUUAGAAUAUCUUUUGUGAGCGUUAAAGCUACUGUUAUUCUGCAUUGUAACUUCCCACUGGACCCCAGAAAGAUUGAUACCAACUUGGUCAAAGACAAUGAAUGCAAAAUUAGAAGAGCACCUCUUGAGGCUUUUCAAACUGCCCUUCAAGAGUGUUUACGGGUAUUUCCCAUUCAGACACCAUGUGACUCAAACGAUUUAAACUUUGGUGAAGAACUGGUAGUGAUACGAAGGGAUGACGAAGAUUGGUCGGAUCUCGAAAUUUCUUUGAAGAAAUGGCUUGGAUCACAAAUCAUUUCCAAUAUCAAAAUGCAAGGAAAGAGUGCUAAAAAAUUAACAUUUUUAAAAAAUGUUUUAGUGAAGUCAAUGAAAAGUUUGAAUAACCACAAAUGUCUCAAAAUGUUCAAUUUCGGAAACUGGAUAAUCAAACUUAUUUGUUUGCUACCUGUGCAGAUCGUUCGAGCAAAUGAAAGUCAUGUUUUGCCAAUUAACAGUGGGGUCAAGGUCAUGACUGUGGAAAGAUUGUCCACAAAAAAGGAAAACCGACGUGUUUUACCUCGAUCAAACCUUUGUGAUGGUAUGGACUUUGGUCCAAUCGAGUCAGUAAUAGAACACUACGGAGGUCGUGUCAAGGUGAUUUCAAACAUCGGUCGCACUUCGACGGGCAAAAGUUAUCUUGGAAAUCAUCUUUUUGGAUCACUCUUUGAAGUAGCGCCUAGAAAAUGUACGAACGGUAUUUGGAUGUCUUGUCGUUCUUUGACGUGUCAUUGUAGCAUAUGCACGAACAUUCCAGAAGAUCAUCGUGCUGCUACCCUCCUAGUUGCAUUUGAUGUAGAAGGUUUUGACUCAAUAGACCGUGUACUCAGGGGUGACACGCUCUUGUCUCAGUUAGUAUUUUCUCUUAGUUCAACAAUCUUGUUGAAUACGAGAGAAAAGGCAUUGGACAGAGGCAUUCAAAGAAUGCUGAAAAAUUUUGCAUCUGGAGUCUCUGAAACUUUCACAGCCGACUUGGACAAAUGUGAAGAGCAUCCUGGUUUGCAAUACGGAAACUUUAUCCAUGGCGACAAAGCUCUAUUUGCAGGAACUUUUGUGCCAUUGUUAAAGGAUAUACAAAGAAAUGAGAUCGAAGCUUUGAAUUGUCAGAUUCACGAUGAAAUGAUUGAAACUAAAAACAGAACUCCCCACCUCAACGUUUUAUUUAAGGAAACAGCUACUGCAAUGUUACAACCGUUGCAAACCCUAGAAUACUAUAGAGGCGUUAGCGAUCUGUUUUUUGAGUUUGUCCAGCCGUCUUUGUGCAUUUUUCAGAAUGGGGCAUGGUUUUUGCACUAUCUUAGAGCUGUAGUACGGCAACUGAUGACUAAUGAGAACAGGUCUCUUCAAGAUUAUUUUAUUGAAACAACAAAAAUGCACGUGACUGACGCCAUUGAAGAUGCUUUGGUGAGAGGCAGGUUCUCUUCGUUUGCUGGUGACAUAGAGAUACCAGAUGACUAUAGAAUUAGCACAAAGCCAUUUAUUGUAGAUAUUACUCUCCAAAACCAGAAGAAAUAUAUUCAGGCUGGUCGUUGGAAGGGUAAUACUGUGUUUGUUUGUUACGGGUUUUGCAACUUUGUAACAAACGUGUAUCCAGAUGGGCAGGAACUUGCUCUUGAAAGGGACGGUUCGAAGCUGCCUCUGUCACAAGUUCAAGCAUUAGAAGGAGAGCUUAUUAAAAGGUUUGCCACUACUGACGAAUUCAAGUUGAUGGAAAGUGAUGACUCUUAUGUAUUAGGAGAUACUUACAAUGGACCAAAAACUUUCUUGUCGCAAAUGUUCGACUUGUUUCGAAGAGAGAACAAGAGAAAUGAAUACAAUGAGAGAACUGGGUGGCAGCCGAGCUUUUUCGAAUUUGUUUUAAGUGUUGUAGAACGGCGCUGUAAUAGAGUCAAGUUGUGGUUUGAAGAAUUGGCUCAAGACCUACGUCUUGAAAAACAAGCUAGUGAUAAGAUUAUACCACCCGCGAUCCAACAUCGCUAUAGGCAUUUUAGUGAAUCGUUUUGCAUGUGCGGUGCAGUGUGCGGUAGAGAAAAUUGUCAAUUUACCUGCUUACUGCCUUACACACAUGCUACAGGCAAAAGAGACUGUCACGACUGCUUAAACGAGGUUCACGUAUGCCAGAAAGGGUGUAUGUAUGAUUGUAAAGAGGAAGAAAACGGUCCACUGGCCAAAUGCACAAAGGGAGCAGGUCACGACGGUAUUUCUGGAGAUUCUGAACACAAAUGCAGCUCGAAAAAUCACAAGUGCUUGCAUAAUUGUCGUUUUUGUCAGAAUGGUUGCACAGAAAGAUGUAACGAAACGGCAGGACACGAAGGAGCUCAUGACUGUGGAAAUCAGCACAUGUGCUCAAACAAAUGUAGUGUACUAUUUUGUCCCGCUGAAUGUACUCGGCAGAUUGACCACCAGCACAGCUUGUGCCUUUGCAACGAGUCUCGUUGCAACUAUCAAUGUGAAAUGCCUGGUUGCUUUAAUUUCUGCAGAGAGGUUCAUGGACAUGUCUCCGAAAAGUCUAGUCCACAUCUUUGCGGACAAACUCACGAAUGCCCUGCUCUCUGUCAACAUGUAGGUGUUUGCAAACGAAUCAACCGAUCUGAUCAGACCUUGCUAUUGUUUGCUCAUGUUAGCGAUACAUCACAUGAAACAGUUGAAGCUUCAGAAGAAUAUUCUAUACAAAUUCCUCAAGUAGCCAAGUGCAGUAAAUUGAUUAACGUUUCUCGUUUCAGUCAUGAGGAACAACACUGUUGCAGAGAAAACCAUUCUUGUCGAGAAAAAUGUCCGUUAUGUCAUAAACUUUGUACUAAAUCUGUAAGCAGCACGGGUAUUCAUGCAGGAAGGCAUGGUAUUGAAAAUGGUCAUGGCUUGAUGCUCUAUUCAUAUCUGGCUAGCAUGAAUAAAGAUGACACUCUUCAAGGUAGAGACAGAGUGACCAAAUACAGUACUUCGGACUACUUGUACAGAGAAACUUGCGCUGACGUCUGUUUGCUCAACAAUGUCGGAGGAAGAGGGCAUUGUCAUGUUUGUAACAUACAUGACGAUUGGAGUUUGAAUUCUUUGCGAUAUCGCCCUUUCGAAAUGAAAUUGAAUCCUGAUGAUGGAUACCGAAAAGGUUUAUUUCCUCACACUGAAUUUUGGAAAAUUAUGAAGUUUGACGAUCCUUGCCGCAACGAAGAGUUCGAUCUUUGUCCUGCUCGUUGCAAAACCUGUGUUGAAAUUAAGAAUUGCACAAGAAAGCUUUGGCACGAUGAUGGAGUCGAGCACAACCAGUCUAGCGCUUGUUUAAAUGAAGCUUGUUCUGUGUCUACCAAUGGGCAUCAUUUCGAAUGCAAUCAUAUUCCCAAAUUUCAUAUUGUAUUUGUUUUUGAUACUUCGGGAUCAAUGAGGGCAUCCGACUGGCGGCCUUCUUCAGAUAUUGAUAUUUGUAUCCAUAAAACUUGCCAAAAUCGAUUUGGAGCCGUUCUGUUGUCUGCAUUAGAGAUGCUUCAAUCUCGUCAAUGGAUAACAAACAGAUGUCAAGUGACUAUGAUAACGUUUUCAGUGGUAGGCCAUGCAUUUUUUAAGCGAAAAUCUUUAGAAGAAGCUAUCAAAACGUUUGCCGACAUUUUAAAAAACGGAAUUAAGUCAUCAUUAUUUCAAGAAAUGGUAACCCAAUUUAUGCUGCAUACAGGCGUAUUUUCUAGAAACAGCAAAGAUAUCACUUUAUCUGGAUACACAUCGUUCGUAGAAGGUCUGAAGGAGGCCAACUCUGCUAUUGAGGAAAACUUGAAAGACGACGAAACUCCAGUUAUUGCAUUUUUCUCUGAUGGACACAACAAUGCCUGCAAGAAUAAUGAUAUCAAAACGCAAAUAGAAAAGCUAGGAAAUUUGAGUUGCCAACCUCCUAGAAUGUAUUUGAUUUACAGCGAAAGGGAAGCUGCUGAAGUAUUUAGCAUGAUGAAAGAAUGGUUUGAGAAGAAAUUCAUUGGACAGAGUUCUUCUUGCAAAGUAGAAUGCUUUCCGUGUACUCAAGAAUGGAAAGAAUUAAAAGAUCAGUUUAUGAAAAUAGCAGAAGAUUGCGCACAAAGGCAGUUUGUUGUUGUGAAAACUGAAGACUACAAUCAGCAAUUAGACUGGCUUCGUAUUCAGGAGCAAUCUGAUACAGCGAAGUUACAAUCACGGCCAGCCCGUUUGGUUUUGUCUAGUGCUGUCUACUUCAAACUUCUAGUCUUUUUUAGACCAAUCUGGUCUAAAUUUGCAAACCAAAUCUCAUACAGACAGCACAUCUUGGAACGACAAGAAACAUCAGUUUUACUGUACGGGAAUUCUCACGAUUGUCUGAAUGAGAUUAUGAAAGACUUAGCGUUGCCUCAUGGUUUUCAAGUGUAUGAAAUAGAGUUUGGUGGACAUUCUGGCACUGAACAGCGGGAUGAAAUUAUUAGAGCUUUUCAAAGAGGUCGAGACGCAGCUUCUGGUUCUCGUGUGUUACUUCUGUUUAGUCAAUUAGAUUUAGCUUUUCACAGUUGGGAUAGUGGCAGUGCUGACACUGGCGAACCAGAAUUUCUUCUGCAGUUGGAGCUUCUCAAACUCAAACCUCCCGAAAACGUGGAUUUGUGCGUUUGCUGCACAUCUUCAAAUCCAUGGGCCAUUAGUAAUCAGGUUUUACGCAGUUUUAGUUUGCUUGUUGAAGUCUCUCAUCCAACAGAAAAAGAAAUCAGCAAAAUUGUCAACAGCUGCUUUUCUUCUGCGAUUCAGGAAAACAGAGAUCUCGUUCAGCAAAGACUAAAUGGUUGUACUCUAAGCAGCAUUUACAAAUGUUUGAAAUCUAUUGGCAGCAAUGUCGAUGGCUUCUUGCAGGACGACAGUUCGUUAGAAAAAGUAGAAGAAAAUAUUCCUGCACAGUUAGUUCCUGAUCAUAUUCGUGAUCGAAUUCAAACUAAACAACAAGCACUCCGCUAUUUUGAUGGUAAAAGGAGACUUUCAGAAAUGAGCCAUGAUCCGCCACAUUGCGGAGUACUAGUUGAAUCGGACAUAUUUCAGUACUACUCGGGUAAACUUCCUCUUGAACAGAGGUUAUGGGCACUCAUCGGUGAGCAGCAGUAUAAAACAAUAGAAAGGUAUUGUAUGACAAACAGCUCAGCUGAAAAAGUCAGCUGUGUUCUAAUUGUCGGCGCUAACGAUGCAUUGAAUCAUUGGAUCUCUUCUUUUAUUGCUCACAAAGUAGCGGGAUGGUACACUUGGAUUGCAGCAAAUACUUUGAAAUUAUGCUAUUUACAGAAAAUUUUAUUUCAACGGCUGCUUGAUACCACAACAAAUUCUGUUGUUAUCUACACAGAGAGUUUGGAUGAGGCGUCCAAAUAUAACUUGACUUUUUUGAAUUCAUUAGCAAAGAAAUUGGUGAAACGUAAGAAACGCUUACAUAUUAUUGUCAGCGCAAGCGCAGAUGGAGAAAGGAAAGCGAAACAGUCAACUCAGGAAUUGCAAUGGUGGCUAGAUGCCACAAUCAAAAAUGAUGUUUUCCUGCCACUAGGAGCAGCAGCACGUAAUCGUCAGCGUUUGCACCUACUCCUUGAUAUAAACUAUUCUAAUUGGAGCAAUAUCAGUAAUGAACACGUGUCUUGGAUUGCUGCAGAAACUAAAGAAAGAAGCUUUCAAGAAGCUGUGGAUGUACUGAGAAAGGCUUUUGAUCGUACACUAGUAGACUACAUCGACUGUACGCAUGUGCAAGCAGUUGCUCUUACUAAGUUUGAUGAAUCAAAUCCACCGAUGAACGGUCAUUAUUUUAUUGCAUCCACAUCUGAUGCACUUUGUGCCGUCCCGCUGACAGAUAAGAUCAGCACACAAGCUGAAUUCAAAUUGUCUCCUCGACGUCUAACUGUGGAGGACGUUGCUCUUGUUUUGAAACUUCCAACUCGCUUUUGUCCAGAGAAAUUGGGGAACACUGAAAGAGUUCCUAUUGAAGAAAAUGAGAAGAGAAUUUUGAAGAUCUCAUGUGACUAUGCAGUUGUAUCUGUGGAAAUCCAAAAAGACUCACUAGAAAAUGCAUGUAUAAAUGACUCUUGCAAGCCUGUGCACGAGGAAUUUGCAGUUACAGACAGUGACAGUGAAGCUGCAAGCAUGCAAACUUUAGAUGUGGGCGAGCCACGUGCAGCACUACAAAAAAUCAGUGAGUUACAUAACAUGGUCAGCAAGGCUUCAGAAGACGACAGUGAAAACACAGACAAUUUGCCUAAAGAUUUUUUUGAGAUGACGGCGUUUUUUUGUUCACCUGGACAACUGGACCCUCCUUGCAUUUUUACGAAUGGAGAAUAUAAACUUGGCCCUGUCUUUUAUUUUGGAGAAAUCCGCAAAGCUUUGCUGUCCGAAUGUUUUCGAGCAUCGAUCACUUUGCCAAGUGGGUUUUCACUAUUCGACUCUGACGUUUGUUUGUGGCACAGUAAAACUAAAGAAUACCAGAUACCCAAGUGGAAGAAGGUACAGCUCUGUCGCUGCACAGAUGCAAACAAACGCACCACUUUCUAUCCGAAAGGACCACCAGUUACACUUUCCAAUGACAACAUGUCGUUCGCGACAAAGAAGCUUAGUGGGUUUUGGGCAUGGACAAAGUGCCAGUCUCCACUCAGCUGCACAAUUUCUUAUGAUUAUGUGGCCUGUUUGUAUGCCACACAGUGUCCAAAGAAAGGGACAGGAUGGAAGUUCAGAGUAUAUGUAUUACCAAAAGAACAGCUACAGAUUUUAGACAAUUUGGAAACAGGUCGAAUUCACGCUGGAUACCGAGUAGACGGUCCUCGAGAAAUAAGGAGAAAUCUUCAACAGUUUCGUGUUUUGAGUAAUGUCAGCAACGGAUGGCGUGUUGCAAACGAUAUGAUGGACAUCGUGCCGGAGUACAGUGGAAGGCCUCGUAGUUGUUCUAAGGCACUUGAGUACAGAAUCGAUCGCAUACCGGACACUCAUGAAGAAACGUUUUCCGUAUCGUUCAAAUUGAUGGGAACCGAGAACGACGUGGUAACCAGUUUGUAUGUACAGCAGAGUUUCCCGAGAAAGGCAUCGUCUUGUGGCAUGGUAGAAGAAGUAAACGUAUUUACAGAACUGGCAACAUCAGCAACAAGAACAUCUUCCAAAGAAGGAAAUGUCGCCAGCAGUGUGGACCUAAAAACCCUCCGUUCUUUGGCAAAUGUUUUGGGUUUUAGCGAGACAGAAAUUGCUACCAUUUCUGAGGUAGCAAGUGAGGCAAACAAAGGUGUAACGAAGUGGGCGAGCGAGCUAAUUAAACGAUGGAAAGAUGCGGCUAGGGAAAGGGGGAUUACAGGAGACUCUCGCAAGCAGCAUCUUAUCAAUGCUUUAUUGUCCGAUGAAGUUUCCAGACAAGAUCUUGCGGACAUGUUGCUUUAACCUAAAACUGCUCACUCUCCAUGACUUGCCCGAUUAAUCGUGAACAUGACAUACCUAUGUGACUGUUGUCUUGUUUGUACUAAUUGAUUGGAAUAGGUAAGCUGCAUUAUGCAUUGGUUAAUCAAGAGCAGCAUGGGAAUUAGGGAACUUCAGUUACACGAGAUUUUCAAUAUGGGGAAUAUUGCAGUAUUAGCCAAUAUGACUGUUAUGACUGUUAUGUGAUUCUUGCUGACAUUAGUCGUAUGUUGCUCUACAACAUGCCAGAACUGCUGUCUAGCUGUUUGAUCUAGUUUUAUGUUUUAAUUGCUAGAGCAUUCAAAACAAGUUAAUCUUGCGACGUGGUCAAUUUUGUUUCAAUUAUUUAUAGCAAAGUC